AUGGAAGAUAUUGAUUCAAAGUUUGACAAAGCCGCCCAAGCUGUUAGAGACAAUGAAGAUAAAGCCAGAGCUGCCAAGCAAGAAGACAUGCUCGACAUCUACGGAUGCUUCAAGGUAGCUAGCGUCGGAAAGUGUGACACUUCCAGACCAGGAGGCCUCUUCAAUCAAAAAGAGAAAGCAAAGUGGGAUGCUUGGGACAAGUGGUCAAAGAUGGAAGAAUUUGCUGAUGAUCAGACCAAGGCUAAGGAGAAGUACUGCGAACUCGUAGCUGCCAUCGUGCCAGAGUCCGAUUGGUAAACUAUGUAUUUGGCCUAAGAGAAAUUG